UUUUGGUGUCUGGCUGUGACAAAAAACUCGGCUGUACGCUGUAGUGUGAAUAGUGAACUCGGUGUGCCAUGUGCGUAACCUCAUCUCCGAAGGCAUGACACGCUUAGUUGCACAAAUUGAUUAUCAAUAAUCGCUCAUAUCUGCAAGGCAACCAGAUAAGAUACUUCCCAGAUGAAUACAAUCAAUUGGAAUGCGUAAUUCCUACGUGUAAGUGCGCGUGUGUGUGGGAGAAACAGCUGCGCCGUGUUGCUUGCUGCGCAGGUUGUCCCAAAUGUUUACAUUCGUUUCUCAUCGAAUGUGGUUUUCCAUUGUAUGUAACCACUUCCUCUCGACCAACAUUGACAAAAAAAUUCCAACCCCACAAUGACGAUAGCCUGAAAAUAUUGCUACAACAAGAUAUCAGUCAGGAAGAUCAACAACUCCAGUGAGUUGGUGACCAUUUACUCAGUUUAGUGCUCAGAAAACAUUGAAAAAAAUGGGUGGUUAUGUGAGUAAAAUUGCAUGGAUGUCAAAUGCAGCAGUGAAUUCAGUAGUUCGUGGACGAAAGCGAAAAUGUAUCGAGGAGGAUGAUUGUGAUUCGGAUUCUGACUUUAUUGAUAAAACACUACAGACACCAAAAAGGAAAAAAUUAUUAACAACUGCCCAGUACAUUUACAAAACUCUGUUCCAAGAGGAAAAGGCUAGUGACAUAACAGUUUGUAUAUUGGGAAAGGCAUGGAAGUUGCACAAAGUUUACAUAAGUCAGAGUCCUUACUUUGCAAGCAUGUUCUCCGGCGCUUGGAAGGAGGCAAAUCAAAAAAUUGUGAACGUGGAGAUCGCCGAUCCUAAUAUAACCUUAGAAUCUCUAUCGGUCGUAUUAGGCUCAUUUUAUCAGGACGAGGUCAGCCUCGAGCCAAAAGAUGUAAUUCCGAUUUUAGCAACGUCAACAAUGUUCCAAUUACAAGGCUUGAUCGAUCAGUGCACCGAGAUAAUGAUCGAAACAACAAAUAUAAAGACUGUGGUACCUUACUAUAAUGCAGCUGUAUCUUACGGUGUCCCAGCAGCUAAGAGGGCAGCGAAAAAAUGGUUGGAAGUUAAUCUUCUUGGAUAUGGUUGGAGAUUUCCUUCAUUUUUGAAAGAAUUAACACCUGAUGUGAUGGUCGAAUUGGUCGAGAGUCCUGAAUUGGUUGCUUGGCAGACGGAGUUUUGUAUUUACAUGAUGUUAAGAGAAUGGCUCUUUGUACAGAUGGAGGAUAAAUACCAGUCCCUCCAAGUUGACGAUUACUUUAAAAACCACUCGUGGACAGAACCCCUGCUCUCCACUGAAGAAGGAAAUAAAUAUUCCGGCCCUUUUAGAGCAUUGAGGAUGAAAAAUCUUCUGUUACAUGACCAAGAUGUCAAAAUACUAUAUAAUGAUAAUUUAAUACCAGCUGAUUGGUUGCAUGAUGCUUACAGGGAACAAUGGUUACAUUUGUUGCGAAUCGACGCCAAUAUUGAUCGCGGGCCUAAGGAUAUGACUGAGGCGGAAUUCUUGAAGGAGUGCUUCAGGUGCGGGAGGUGUGUAGAAAAACCAGGUGAACAUAUCUGGAGGUGGACGGCCUUCCAUUUUGGAUUGGAUCUCGUUGUUUAUUUAGAUACAACAUCAUUGAGGAUACGAAGGAAUCAUCGAUUGGAUACAGAUCAUGUUACUAUAAAUCAGAGGAAGAGGAAUAUUAUCAUCAAAGUUUGUUUAAUAUCUCUCGAUGAACAACGUCAGAUAAAACACUUUCAGGAUACUGGAAUUCUCCGAAUUUCCCUUCACAAGAAUGAAGAGAAGCAAAUUAUUGUUCUGGACAAGCAGCUGACAUACCCCCUCUAUAUAUCCGUAAAUAUGCAAGUGGCAACACCCUUUGCAGCAUCAACCGAGGAAAAAAUCUCCAAUGUAAUAACAUUAGACACCUAGUUAACUUGAUUAAUUCCUGUAAAAUUCUACAUAAUCAGGGUAUGUAAUAUUGCUAAAACGAUGGUGCUGAAAAUACGUAUUCCAUAUCGUCGGUAUGAAGUGAAAGCGACGGCGAUGUUGUUUAUAAUCGGCAAAUUUUUAUACCUUUUACGGCCAAGAUAUAAUUCCCUGACCUAUUCUAGUCCAUAUACGUCACACAAGUGCUCUUAGGAGGGACGAACACGUGCCAAGAUCCGACACUAGUAAAGAGUUGAGACUAACUAGCAUAAAAACGUUUGGUGAGAAACGUCAAUAAGUUUUUCUCCUUUUAUUCCAAUGUGUCCGAAUUGUGUGUUAAUAUUUAUAUUAAUUUGAUACUUUUUGUAUAUCAAUUGCGAUAAAUUUUUCUUUCUACUGUGUAUUUAUGAUGGGAGAAAACAUCCUCAUAAAUUUCUUUUCUUUCAUUGGAUUCUCAACUUAUACUUUAGCUAACUACAUUGAAUCAUUAUUUCACAUUGAUUUAAUUUAUAUGAGAAUCACAAUUACUAACAAAUUUGGUAGCACAGCGACAAGGAAUCCAAUUGAAUGAUGUUUGUCGAGGGACGGUGGAAUAUAUUGAUUUGGAUGGGAUUAUUAUUGAAUUUAUCUUAAUGAAAAAUAUGAUUUUUUUUUACUUUGAAAAUUGCUUCUUUCUAAUUAACUCUGUUAAAUGGAUAUUGUAUUUCAUUCCAUCAAGGUUAUGGUAUUAUUAAUGUUAGAUAAUGUUGGAAAUUAUUAGUUUCAUCAGUAAUUGCAGAGCGGUGUAAAGGGAUUUCUCGAUAUUCUCGUAUAAAUCACCUUGAAUUUGACCGGAGUAGGAUUAAUCCAAACCAAUAAUUUUUCUAGAUACGUUCAUACACAAUCAGGAAUAAGAUACAUUGAAAAAUUCACAAAAUGUUAGCAACGUCUUGUUAAUAUUGAAGCAUUCCAAUAACCAUGAUUAUGAGACCCCAAUCACUGACAGGAUAAUGAACGUACAACCGUUCGAGUGCCUUAAAUAUGAACACACUUAGAAUAUAGUUUUAUUUGAGAUAAAAAAUAAUGAGAGAAAUGUUGACUCCAAAUUAGGUGAAGGUGAAUUAUAAUGAUAAUUUUCAGUUUCUAAUACGCUUCCACUUCACAUUUCUUGUAGUUUGUAUAUAAGUUGCCAUCACGUAGGUUACACGGGUCAGAGAUAUCGAUAUUUUUUAAUUUUUUAUGUUUUUUUCCUCAUAAAUACUAUGAAAAGGAUGAAAUAAUAUAUCUAUUGAUGGUUUGAUGGGAUUCGUUCCUUUUCUUCUUCUUCAACAGCCCAUUAAUGAUACAGUGCACUUAAUUGAAGCUUCCGCAAGGCUGUGAACUUUUGUAUUUUGUAACUGUACCUAAUAUAACAUUUAAUUUAUUCUUUUAUAAUAAAGACACAAGAUGAUGGAUAUUUUCUAUGGUAAUCGAAAAUAAUUUACAUGUAAUAAACGUUACGUAAUAAUAUUGAGUA